AUGCAAUUGAACGCACAGCCAAACGCUCGAUCAAAGAAGAGGAGAAUAGUCACACCGGCGCGCCGGGAGCAGAAUUGCCGCGCGCAGCGAGCUUACCGCCAACGUCAGAAGGGGGUUUACACGCUAACGCUGCGACCAAAUGCUCUGAUACAAGAGGUCGAAAAAUGUGAUUCCAUGUUGACGGUUCAUGUUCGCGAGGGUAGUUUGGAUUUGGCUCGAACCACAGAGACGCCGGUAUCCGUAUUAUCUAUGCUGACCGGUGAUCAUUUCUUUGCUCCGAGUAGCCAAAGUAGCAGGAGCGAGGGUCAAAAAGGACCAGCAAAUGAAGUGAUCAUAUCGCCGGAUGCCCCUUUGUAUAGUACAUACACCCGCCUCCUCGCAGCCUGCGUCUACAACGCCGCAGCCCUCGGCAUCAACGUGGACGAGUUCUCGAGUUACAACUGCAUGUCCCUAUGCUCGCCUUUCUAUCGUCCGAAUAUUGACAUGUCGGAUGAUCCGAGAUCGCUCAUAAAAGCGGUCACUAAUUCAGCCAUUCCUGCACUUCUUCAACCCACUCUCCCGCAGAUUCUCUUCCCACAUCACCCGCUCUUCGAUCUGCUGCCUCUGCCUGCACUGCGAGCCAGAGCAAUCACUCUCGCUGCAACCUCGCCAUCACUAUUCGAUCUAUUGGAUUUCAAACGGGACAUCGUCGAAAAAGGGGGCAUCCAAUGCUCGACGACUUGGGGGUCUCAACCGUGGGACGUCCGCACCUGGACUAUCGCCCCAUGGUUCUCCACGAAAUGGAGGCAAGUUUCUCAAGCUCUAGGGCCUGAUACGACUAAGGGGUGCAUCAGCGAGGCAGAAUAUUAA